CACCAGAGUUGCAAAUAAUUGCUCAGGAAAAUGAAAGAUAUCAACUUAAUUGAUUACAAGUGUGAGGGGCUCUGGACUCAAAUUCCACGCCCUUACUUUAAGGCCUUAGGACUUCACAUAUCCUACCCACCAUGUCCCAAAUCGAAGCCCUUAUGCAUCCCCAAAGAGUUGAAGGCCACUGCUGCUAGUGAUCCUCACAUUUACCUUGGUUUCUGCCAUAAUAUCUUAAUAUGGGUUUCAGGUGAGCUAUGAGUGUAAGGGAUCAGGAGAGCACUAGGGAGAGGCGAACAAAUCAAUAAAAACUGCUAAAGGACUGAGAAAUCCUUUAGAGUCGAGGAUUAUGGUUCAAGAUCCAAACUAAAAGAUUGCUGGUACUGACUUGUUGGGGGGGUGGCCCUAGGUCUUAGGAUCCCUUGCCCAGAUGCCAAAAAGGGACAGACCCUCCGGCCCCCGAGAACAUCAUGGACUUCGCUGGACCCUGACUCCCCUUUUUUAACUUGCCCACACCCUCCACAUUCCCUAUCCAGAUCCUACUCCUUAGGGUUUGUAUUUCCCAGAAAAGGUAGAGCCAGGGGUAAGGGGGCCCGUGCCCCUUCUUCCUUCCCCUCUUAGGCACCUUGAGUAAUGCAGGGUUCCUCUUCCCAGAAGCCCCGCCCCUCUCCAGCGCCGGCCACCCCGCCCCAAGCUUUAAACGAGCUGUCAGUCCCAUCCGUCCGUAGGUCCCGGUCUGGUCCCGUGUCCGGGACUCAGCGCUAGCGCUGCUGCUGCUGCCGCCGCCGCCACCGCCACCGCCAGGUGAGAGGGAGGGAUGGAACCCUGCGCGGACUCAGGCAUCGGGACGGGAGGGAGUUUUUGCCCCCUCCUCGAUUGAGGUCCAGGGCUUUCUCCAUAAUCUCCGGAGGCUGCGCUUUGCCUCAGAACCCAAACCGUACUUUCUUCUCCGGCCCUUUACCCCCCUGUUCUCCCCUGCGGCAUCCCAGUUCCAGCUCCCUCCCCUUUUGCCUCCCUGAAAUUCACCGCACUACACCUUCCAGGCAUUUCAGACAACUUGUGUGAAAAUGGGUAGGAAAGAAACAACCCUGCUCCCCGCCGACCACAGCCCGCCUUGCCUCCUUGGGAAAGGGGGAGAGUGGGUGGGGAGGUCUCUUAAGAAUUAUUUUAGAAACAAGGCAAAUCUUUAAUAUAUUACCUGGGCGCCUCACAAGAGAAGAGGACUAGGCAGACAUUAAGAAAGGCAGCUUCUCAGAAUGGAUCUGUCCUUUAGGGGUCCACGUGGAGUGGAGUGUCUUUUGGACCGGGAGGAAAUUAUGGACAUUAGUGAACAUUAGGGUCCCUGGAUGUAUCUGGUGAGAGGGAAGUUCCAGGAUCCCAAGUGGGUCUGAUCUAAAGUAGGCUCUCUGAAGAGGUUUAGCUAUAAGGAAGCAAUUCCUAGGUAGCUCAGGUUGGAGUGGAGGUGGAGGCUGGGGCUCAAUCUCGUCGGAGUUGCGGUUCUUGGGAAGGUCAGAUUGGAGAUACUUGAGCCUGUUUUUACCAUAAUUUGUCACUGCUUCUUGGCAGCCACUAUGACUGACGGGUCCCGAUCGGAUGUGGGGCGAUGGGGUGGGAGCUCCUGGCAGCCCAGCGUCACACCUUCUCCUGAGCCAGAACCAGAUACUCGCUCCCGGGGGUCAGGUCGCUCUUUCUGGGCCCGAUGCUGCAGCUGUUGUUCCUGCCGAGGAGCUGAUGAUGACUGGGGCCCAGAACCUGCAGGCCCCCGAGGUUCGGGUCGCCCCGGAUCCCGAGGUUCAGGAUCUCGGGGUUCCGGUCGUCCUGGCUCCAGAGGCAGUGGGGUCAAUGCAGCAGGCGACGGUGUUGUCCGAGAUGGCAUGCUGGUAGUGACUGGAGUGGAUCUGAUGAGCGGGCGCUCUGAUCAGAACCGGCGGGAGCACCACACAGAGGACUAUGAAUAUGAUGACCUCAUCAUUCGCCGAGGACAACCUUUCCUCGUCACGGUCAGCCUGUCUCGGCCCUACUCAUCUUCAGACCGCAUGGCCCUGGAGCUGCUUAUCGGUGCCAACCCUGAAAUAGGCAAGGGGACCCAUGUGAUCAUCCCUGUGGGCAAGGGAGGGAGUGGGGGCUGGAAGGCCCAGGUGAUCAAGUCGAACGGGCAGCACGUGGACCUAAAAGUCCACGUCUCCGCCAACGCCAUCGUGGGCAAGUUCCGUUUUACUGUCCGAACACGAACUGACGCAGGGGAGUUCCAGCUGCCUUUUGAUCCCCGAAAUGAAAUCUACAUCCUCUUCAACCCUUGGUGUUCUGAUGAUCCUGUGUAUGUGGAACAUGAAAGCUGGCGUCAAGAAUAUGUGCUCAAUGAGUCUGGUCGAAUUUACUAUGGCACAGAGGCACAGAUCGGAGAGAGGACCUGGAACUAUGGCCAAUUUGACCACGGUGUCCUGGAUGCCUGUCUCUACAUCUUGGACCGGCGGGGAAUGCCAUAUGCAGGGCGGGGGGACCCUGUCAGUGUCUCCCGAGUCAUCUCUGCUAUGGUGAACUCUCUAGAUGACAAUGGGGUUCUGAUCGGAAACUGGUCGGGAGAUUACUCCAGAGGCACGAACCCCUCAGCUUGGGUGGGCAGCGUGGAGAUCCUCCUGAGCUACCUGCGAACGGGCUACUCGGUUCCCUAUGGCCAGUGCUGGGUUUUUGCUGGUGUCACCACCACAGUGCUCCGGUGCCUCGGGAUUGCCACCAGGACCGUCACCAACUAUAACUCGGCCCACGACACGGAUACCUCACUCACCAUGGACAUUUAUUUUGAUGAGAACAUGAAGCCGCUGGAGCACCUGAAUCGUGAUUCUGUGUGGAACUUCCACGUCUGGAACGACUGUUGGAUGAGGCGGUCAGAUCUGCAGUCGGGUUUUGACGGCUGGCAGGUGGUGGAUGCCACCCCGCAAGAAACCAGCAGUGGCAUCUUCUGUUGUGGUCCCUGCUCAGUGGAGUCCAUUAAGAAUGGCCUGGUCUAUAUGAAGUAUGAUACACCCUUCAUCUUUGCUGAGGUCAACAGUGACAAGGUCUACUGGCAACGGCAGGAUGAUGGCAGCUUCAAGAUUGUCUAUGUGGAGGAGAAGGCCAUUGGGACCCUCAUCUGCACCAAAGCCGUUGGCUCUAACAUGAGGGAGGAUAUUACUCAUAUCUAUAAACACCCUGAAGGGUCUGAUGCAGAGAGGAAGGCAGUAGAGACGGCAGCAGCCCACGGCAGCAAACCCAACAUAUACUCAAACCGGGAUUCAGCCGAAGAUGUGUCGGUUCAGGUGGAAGCCCAGGAUGCAGUGAUGGGACAAGACCUAGUAGUCAACGUGGUGUUGACCAACCGUGGAAGCAGUCGGCGUACCGUAAAAUUACACCUCUACCUCUCCGUCACCUUCUACACCGGGGUCACCGGCCCCGUCUUCAAAGACAGCAAGAAGGAGGUGGCACUGUCCCCUGGAAGCUCUGAGCGUGUGGCUCUGCCUGUGGCCUACUCAGAGUACCGGCCACAUCUGGUGGAUCAGGGAGCUAUGCUGCUGAACGUGUCAGGUCACGUCAAAGAGAAUGGGCAGGUGAUCGCCAAGCAACACACCUUCCGCCUUCGAACCCCUGACCUCUCCCUCACGGUGCUGGGGGCAGCUGUGGUCGGCCAGGAGACAGAAGUACAGAUUAUCUUCAGGAACCCGCUGCCUGUCACUCUCACCAAAGUGGUCUUCCGACUGGAGGGCUCUGGGCUCCAGAGGCCCAAGGUUCUCAAUGUUGGAGACAUUGGAGGCAAUGAAACAGUGACACUGCGUCAAACAUUCGUGCCUGUGCGGCCAGGUCGACGGCAGCUCAUUGCCAGCUUGGACAGCCCUCAGCUCUCCCAGGUGCAUGGAGUCAUCGAGGUAGACGUGGCCCCGGCUUCUGGUGGGAACUUUUUCUCCGGUGACCGAGGUAGCAGUCGCUCAGGAGAGAACGUCCCUAUGGCACUCCGAGGAGAAGCCUAAACUUAAUAUAAGUAUGGGACAGAAGCGAUAGAAGUAUGGACACUUCACUGAAGCAAAGGGCUGGCACAAAAAGGACACCUUGAGGCCUAGGAAGGAAGGCCCAGGAGGCCUGGGGUGGGAUCCAACUUUCAUACACAUUGCAUGGCACUGAACAGGUAAUAAAGAUUGUUUUUGUUUUGUUUUUUA